AUGUCAUUACGUCCGGGGCAAGUCGAUGUCAAUUCAAUCAUCUCCGCACCGGAUUUUCGAAUCAUCACGACACUGAAACACACGCUGUUCAACACUCAAGAUGCCGAGCCAGACGCGAGAACCGAGGCAUUGAUACGCCAGUGGAGGGACAUCACCACGAGACUCUUUGCGCUGCAUACACGGCGACUGCGCGAGGCUGCGGAAGCAUGUGGCUGGACAGAUGUCGCGACGAGGCUUACGCCCCCGGUUUCUGUUGUUGCCGUAGCGGAUGAGGAAGAAAAGGAAAAGCCUUCCUCCUCGUCAAGCACAGACAAACCUUUCAAUAUACAAGUCCUCGUCGAGAACGCGGUGGCGGCGACAGCGGCGGCAAAAGCAGGAGGAACAUCAUCUCCCUCACACGGUCCCCAGGCAGGGUUUCUACGGGAUUUCCGCGUCCGCGUCCUGAUUUCCCAUGCCGGCGAGGUGAGUGUGGAAUGCACGGCGAUGGGCGAGGACCGACCACUUUCAACCCUCACCGACGCUGUCGACAUGUACACGUCGUGCCCGUUUACGUCGACCGUGCCUGGACAUCAAGGACAAGCCACAGCAGGGCUCUCAACACCACCACCCCAACAGCCACAGCCAUGCCACGUCACAAUCGACGCCCAACCAACACAUCCCACACUGUUCACGCGGCACAAAACCACCGUGCGCACAGCGUACAACGACGCUCGCGGGCGUGCCACCGACUCACCGCUCCCCCUCCCGACCACGCCGCCCACGACGCGCGAAGUCCUCCUCUUCAACGACGACGGACUCGUCACCGAGGCGUCCCUAUCGGCGGUCUAUUUCCUGCGCCGCAGCGCGGCCCGUCGCUGGGUGACACCGCGCUCCGAUGCCGGUGGCAUGCACUCGGUGACAAGGCUCUACGCGCUCGAGGCGGGUUGGUGCGAUGAGGGGACUGUGUCCGUUCAAGACGUCCAGGAUGGCGAGGUCGUCUGGUUGAGUAACGCUGUCAGGGGCUUCUUUCCUGGCGUGGUGAGGCGGCGUGAAAACGCCUGA